AUGGAUCUGGCGGGGACGAUAAUCCUGCUGUUCUCCUGUGCAGUGGGCGCCGGAGGCCAGUAUGGAAAUCCUCUAAAUAAGUAUAUUAGACAUUAUGAAGGUUUGUCAUACGAUGUGGAUUUAUUACACCAAAAACACCAGCGUGCCAAAAGAGCAGUAUCGCAUGAAGAUCAGUUCUUGCGCCUGGAUUUUCAUGCUCAUGGAAGAUACUUCAACCUUCGAAUGAGGAGAGAUACAUCUCUUUUUAGUGAUGACUUCAAAGUAGAAAUAUCAAACCAAGUAAUUGAUUAUGAUACCUCCCAUAUUUACACUGGACACAUUUAUGGUGAGCAGGGAAGUCUUACCCACGGAUCAGUUAUUGAUGGAAAAUUUGAGGGAUUCAUCCAAACUCACAGUGGGACCUUUUAUAUUGAGCCAGCAGAGAGAUAUAUAAAAGACAAGACUUUACCGUUCCAUUCUGUCAUUUAUCAUGAAGAUGAUAUCAAAUAUCCACAUAAAUAUGGACCACAAGGAGGCUGUGCAGAUCAUUCAGUAUUCGAAAGAAUGCAGAAGUACCAGAUGACUGGUAUAGAAGAGCCAUCCACAAAGAAGCCUGUUGAAGAGCCUAAAAACAAUGGUCCAAAAGUUUUAAGAAAAAAGCGUGCUACUCAGGCUGAAAAAAAUACAUGUCAGCUGUAUAUUCAGACUGACCAUCUGUUCUACAAGCAUUAUGGAACAAGGGAAGCUGUAAUUGCACAGAUCUCCAGCCAUGUUAAAGCAAUUGACACAAUUUACCAGUCAACGGAUUUCUCAGGUAUCCGUAACAUCAGCUUCAUGGUGAAACGAAUAAGAAUUAACACAACUGUAGACGAAAAGGACUCUUCCAAUCCCUUCAGAUUUCCUAACAUUGGUGUGGAAAAGUUUUUGGAACUGAACUCGGAGCAGAAUCAUGAUGAUUAUUGUUUGGCCUAUGUGUUUACAGACCGUGACUUUGAUGAUGGAGUCCUUGGUCUGGCUUGGGUUGGAGCUCCUUCAGGGAGCUCUGGCGGAAUAUGUGAAAAGAGCAAACUGUAUUCAGAUGGUAAGAAGAAGUCACUGAACACUGGAAUCAUCACAGUUCAGAACUAUGGUUCUCAUGUGCCUCCUAAGGUUUCUCACAUUACUUUUGCACAUGAGGUUGGGCAUAACUUUGGCUCACCUCAUGAUUCUGGAAUGGAGUGUACUCCAGGAGAGUCCAAGAACUUGGGACAAAAAGAAAAUGGCAAUUAUAUAAUGUAUGCAAGAGCUACAUCCGGGGACAAACUUAACAACAACAAGUUUUCUAUCUGUAGCAUUCGAAAUAUCAGCCAAGUUCUUGAGAAAAAGAGAAAUAAUUGUUUUGUUGAAUCUGGUCAGCCCAUCUGUGGUAAUGGACUGGUUGAACAAGGAGAACAGUGUGACUGUGGAUACAGUGACCAGUGUAAAGAUGAAUGCUGUUAUGAUGCAAACCAACCAGAAGAUAAAAAAUGCAAGUUAAGACCAGGCAAAUCCUGCAGCCCUAGUCAAGGCCCUUGCUGUACUGCACAGUGUAAUUUCAAACUGAGGACUGAUAAGUGUCGAAAUGAUUCUGACUGUGCAAAGGAAGGAAUGUGUGAUGGUGUCAGUGCUCUCUGUCCAGCAUCUGAGCCUAAAAAAAACUUCACAGCUUGCAACCGGAACACACAAGUUUGUUUAAAUGGGCAAUGUGCUGGCUCUAUCUGUGAGAAGUUUGACUUGGAGGAGUGUACAUGUGCUAGUUCAGAUGGCAAGGACGAUAGAGAAUUGUGUCAUGUCUGCUGCAUGAGAAAAAUGGACCCAGCUAGUUGUGCAAGUACAGGCUCUCAUCAGUGGGAGAAACACUUUGGUCGUAAAACUACUACUUUGCAACCUGGAUCUCCUUGUAACGACUUCAAAGGCUACUGUGAUGUGUUCAUGAGGUGUCGGCUAGUAGAUGCUGAUGGCCCUCUAGCUAGAUUAAAGAAAGCAAUUUUUAAUCCAGAACUAUAUGAAAAUAUUGCAGAAUGGAUUGUGGCUUAUUGGUGGGCAGUGUUGCUUAUGGGAAUUGCAUUGAUCAUGUUGAUGGCUGGUUUCAUUAAGAUAUGCAGUGUUCAUACUCCAAGCAGUAAUCCAAAGUUGCCUCCUCAUAAACCACUUCCAGGCACUUUAAAAAGGAGGAGACCACCACAAACCACUCAGCCACCACAGCGGCAAAGACCCCGAGAGAGUUAUCAGAUGGGACAUAUGAGACGUUGACUGCAGCUUUUUGCCUUGGU